ACUUAACAGCUAAAUAUAUUGACAUUGACAAGAAAAAGUAACUUGAAAGAAAUUCUUUAAUCCUACUGAUUGUCUUACUUCUUUAUUUCAUUACAAAAAUGUUUUAACAAGAAGAUUUAACGAGAUAAAAAUAAUUCUCAGUAUGAUUCAGGUUCUCGGAGUCCUUGGGAAUUUAUGAUUAUAUACAUUGUCAAUUGUGUUUGUUUUUGCUACAUAGUCCUCUUCCAUAUAUUGAAAAAUGAUCGAAACUUGUUCAAAAAGAUGCAUGUUACUGGGGACUAUUUCGUUAGGAGUACUUACUAUUCUGAUUCUUAUAUUAGAAUCUCAAUUAGCUGAUACCCUCUCUGGCAGCCAGAAGAUGAAAAACAAAACAUUUCCAACAGAAAAUAAUUCGACUUGCUGGCUACAUCAACCAUAUACUAUAAUUAAUGAAUGUCAUCCUUGCUCAGAUUUUGAAAUUCGAAGCAAAAGCAUUGGUGUUUGCAUACAUACAAGUUUUAAGGAAAUUUUAAAAUGUGCAAAUGGCGAAACAGUAACUCGAAGCUGUGAUCGCGUCGCAUAUUUAGAAGAAAGGGCUUAUUGGAAAUUUACCAUCUGGUCAUUGGUCUUGGGUAUGGCAUCAUCAAUAGCUGUGAUGUUAAGAAUGAGGGUGCUGAAUCACAAAGCAAAGCGACGAGCAAGACAAAUCCUUGCCAAUGGAUCUAUUUAAAUAACUAAUAUAUAUACAUAUAUAAAUAUUUAUUAAAAAUUAAUUUAAUGUUUACAAUAUAUAGAAAUAUUAAUGCUUAAUAAAUAAAAUCUUUCUAUUAUAA